AUGUCGCCCCCUUCCGCCAGUGGGGCGGUGCCCAAUGGGGCUCCCGCCUCCCCCGAGUCGCUGCCCACGUCCGUGGCUCCCAGGAAGUACGCCCUUGCCACCCUGCUGGUGCACUCUGGUGCGCUGGAGGAGGACCCCCUGGGCGCCUCCUCACCGCCCAUCUACCAGACGGCCACCUUCCGGCAGCCUGGAGCCACCACGGGGGGUGCCUACGACUACACUCGCAGCGGGAACCCCACCAGGAACGCGGUCGAGACCCAGUGGGCGGCUCUGGAGGGUGCGGAGCGCGCCUUCCUCUUCACCAGCGGCAUGGCGGCCCUGGCCACGGUCACCCACCUGCUGAGUCAUGGCGACCACAUCGUGGCGGGGGACGACCUUUACGGAGGCACCAGCCGCCUGCUGGCGCGCGUCUGCCCCGCCGCCGGCCUGGAGGUCACCAACGUCGACACCUGCGACGUCGAGGCGGUGAUCGCGGCGCUGCGCCCCGGCCGCACCAAGCUGCUCAUGCUGGAGUCGCCCACCAACCCGCGCCUCCAGAUCUGCGACAUCGCGGCGCUGUCCCGCGCCGCGCACGACGCCGGCGCGCUGGUGUGCGUGGACAACUCCAUCCUGACGCCGCUGUACCAGCGGCCGCUGGACCUGGGCGCCGACAUCAGCAUGACCUCGGCGACCAAGUACCCGGCGGGGCACUCCGACCUCAUGGCCGGCGCGCUGGCGGUGCGCGACGCCGGCCUGGCGGCUCGCCUCGCUUUCCUGCAGAACGCGGAGGGCACGGGGCUGGCCCCGCACGACGCCUGGCUGCUGGGCCGCGGCCUGAAGACCAUGGCGCUGCGCAUGGAGCGCCAGGCGAGCAACGCCGCGCGCCUGGCCGCCUGGCUGGCCGCCCGCCCCGAGGUCCGCGGCCUGGCCUACCCCGGCCUGCGAGCCUCGGCGGGGCACAGCGUGCACGUCGCGCAGGCCACGGGCGCGGGCGCCAUCCUUUCCUUCACCACGGGCAGCGUGGAGCUGUCGCGCGCGCUGUGCGAGGCCACGCGCCUGUUCAAGAUCACGGUGUCGUUUGGCGGCGUGGCCUCCCUCAUCCUCAUGCCCUGCUUCAUGAGCCAUGCCAGCAUCCCCGCCGAGGUCAGGGCCGCGCGGGGACUGCCGGACGACCUCAUCCGGAUAUCAGCUGGGAUUGAGGACAUCGACGACCUCUUAGCAGACUUGGAGCAGGCGUUUGAUGCGGCAACCAAGGCCGUCGCAGAUUCCAAGCCUGCACUUGCACUUAAAUAG